GAGCCUUCGUAGCCAUGAAGCAUCAUCUUGAACAAUCAAAAGUUUAGCCAUGAUCACGUUGCUUACAAGCUUCAGUUAAAUACCGUUUUCGUAAAGCCAGCCUGGCAGUCUUUGACGACAGCUGAAAGAAGCUUUGGCUGUAAUUUUACUCUAUUGGAGACACAAAGGAUCCCGACGAACCUGCACAUCCGCACCCGGGAUUCGAGACGUCCUUUGUAAAACACCACGGCAUAAACUUGAUGAGCGAACAUGAAUGAGUUUCCAUGUUCGAAACAUCUUAGCCCACAUAUUCAACGUACCGUACCGUUGAAGCGAAUCUGCUUAUCAGCUGUCAUGACGUCCAAAGAAACCACAACGGAAGGUCAUGAGCCACAGGAUGAGGGGCAGGAUACCGCCAACGCCAACGAACCAACAAGUCAAGGCGACGCCGGUGACGUAGUUGUCAACUUUAAGGAAGACAUUCUGAAGUGGUAUGAAAAUGAAGUCGUCGCUUUCGAAGAUGAGACUGCAAAUCAAUACGGAGCGCAGCUUGGCGCGAUUCUGAAAACCAUGGGUACAGAAGCAAACGACCUGGGAAUUACGGUGCCGGAAUGGAUAAACAACCAGCGUGAAACCCUGCUCGAGGACUUGCAGGGUAUAGGAAACGCGCGUGGUGAAGAGCGAGCAGAAAUGUUUUCAGAAUUUACGAAUACCACAGGCGCGGCCUGGAAGAAGCACGUGACCAGUGCCUUGGAAAAGCUCCGUGAACGGGCAUCUGUGGCGGAAUACGACGAGUGGGCGGCGGCAGGUACACGGGAUGCCACCUACCACAAGUUACGAGAGCUUGAGAGUCAGGUACAGGGGCUGAAGGAAGACAUGGUGAAAGUAGAGCAAGAGAGCGCAGUUAAGGCACGCGAAGAUGUCAAGAGUGACCUCGAGGAGCUCGAACGUUUUAGAACAGCCUGGGAUGAACAUGAAAAGGGUCUCGGCGAAAUGAAAUCACAACUGAAAGAUGCACAGAACAAGGUUAAGAAAGAGGUAGAAGAACUGCAACGGGUAAAUAGUAGAGCUGAUCAAAAUCAUAAGGAUUUCGUGGAGGCAAAAAACGCGGCAGAAGAUUGGAAGGAGCAGUUGAAACAGGCGCAGACGGAGAAGAAAACCAUCCAGGACGCUCUGGACGGCGAGAAAACUCGGGUUUCUCGCCUGGUAGAGAAGAAUGAGGAAUUGAAUACCCUAAUUCAAGAGCUUCGUACACAGAUUCGACAGCGACGUGGGUCGUCUCCUUUGUUCAGCAACCAAGAGAAUGUAGACACAGGCUUCACGAGUCCAGCGAGCUCUACGAAAGAGAGCACUGCCGAUGAGGAAGGAGCAGUAGGCUUGUCGACCGAACCAACAGAAAACUUUACCUACGACGAUGAAACGGCAUCACAGUCCGCCAUGUCCAUUCGCUCCGUAGUCACAUCCCGAAGAUCAUCUACACCGGUGGAGAGCAUCGGGGAAACUACUAGAACCGACCCUUAUGGCGAGUACCUAGGUUCUGUCUUGCGGCGAAUUAUUCACCAAAGCGGGAACGGCGAACUUUCUUCUUACGAUCUGUUGUCUCACAUCGCAGUAGACCACAAUAUGAUGCUCCAUGAAAUUGCCGCAAUGCUGGCGCAAUAUAGCCGUGUCAACCCACAGCUCAUUAAGACUUCGGAGAUCCGAUCAAGCCUGGUAGACCUCAACAAAUGGCUGGUCGACCGGCAGAACCUGGACCCAUUUCCUAGUCUACCUGUGCAGCCAUGUGCAGAGUUGACCGAAAGGGAUACGGACGGGAUCCUUGAGUUCUUCGACGAGAGCGACAAGGCACUCAGGGGGCGAGACGACCACGAGAAAGCAAUGCGGGCUGGAUUGGAAAAGAAGACGGAAGGUCUCGAAAGACGCAAUCAGGAUCUGCAGAAGCAAGUGAAUACUGUGAAAGAUCAGCUAGAAGACUGUCAAACUACUCGUGUAGAGCUAAGGGAAGAGAUAGAAGCUAAACUUACCGAACAAGCUGAAGCCAACGGAACCAUCGAGAUAACUGAGAAAGAGUUAGAAGCCAAGAAUUCGGAGGUAGAAGGUUUGAAGACACAGCUCCACGGCGCAAACAUAAACGUAGCCGACCUCACUGAAGGUGUCCAGGAACGUCAGAAAGGUUCUACUUCUACUGCACCUCAAACACAGGAUUAUGACUGCGCUACCUGCAAGAAAAUACGAGAACCCGUUAAAGCAAUAGUUCUUCGUGCGAUCUCCGAAAUGAGGCGGAUGGAGUCCAUACUCCAGAGGCUGCUGGAAGAGGAGAGGCAGCGAGAGAGGCAAGAUGAGAGCUCUGCCGCUCUGAGCACAGACGGGCAGGAGAAGCAGGGACACAGAAUGAGGGAGCUUGAGAUGGAAUGCGAGGAUUAUCGGCAACAAGUGAUCGAAGCUGCUCGGGAGCUGGAGAUUCUGCAGCAGUACAUCCAAAACAAUGACCCCGAAACCAUCCCUCCUGUGAUCGACGACGCGGUCAAUCUUCAACAGCGCAACGAGCAGCUUCGAGCAGAGGUGGAUCAGGUAAACGUUAUCUCCAAGAAGCUUCUUGUGUUCUAUCAGAGGAUGCAGCAAGUCAUGAAAAUUUUUAGAGAUACCAAGCAGCCUAUCGACGCUGAUCUCGAUGUCGGACAGGUUGCUUUUGCGGUUGAUUUGGAUCUGUAUCUCGAAGCCGAUUUGAAGAAGCUGCGAGCCCGGAUGGAAAAGCUCGAGCAGGAGCCUCCAACGGCAUCGGACGAGGAGAAACGUCAGAACCAGAUCCAAAAGAAGCACGUCAAGAGGGAAAUUGAAAAGCAUGAGGUCCUUCUGAGCGAGCUUGAUAUAUACAGCAAAUUGGCCGACGAAGCAAUGAGUGUCUCUGAAGUUUGUAGACUUGACCCAGCACCCAACCUACUUCAUGUACUGCUCAAAGAGGAUGAUGCCAAUGAUUGGGAACAUGUCCAACAUCAAGGGUCAGGCCAGGGGGAGAGCGACGGCCCCCAGGGAGAUGGUACCAUAUGGGAUGGAGCACAACCAGGCGGCCUCGCCCUACCGUUUCCAAGUUUGAUACCACUACUGUUGAUGCUCACUACCAUUAUGCUGUUUAUGUUUGGAUUUGUGACCCAACAACAGCUAAAAGAGCGGUGGGCUGUGGCAAAUAACUUCUCGCGAGCACUCUGGGUCAACGACGAUACUGGGAGCGUGCCGUCCGCCUGGGUUUAUUUGGCUAUCUUCGUUGUUCUUAACUUUACGGCAUUCUAUAAGGGUCGAUAGCGGUGUCAAACCCAGUCGCUGGACCUGUCCAGUGUCGGUUCAGAAUAAACAGCGGCAAGAGGCUAGACAAGCAUUUGUUGAAGAUUUGAUUUGUUACGGUAGUGUUUAUAUCGAUGAUAAUAUCAGCG